ACUCCUCGAGGCUGCACAAACUCAACCACCUAAUUUCAAAAUCCAGUUCUUUGAUUAGCAAUCAGGCACUUCUGAUUUGUGAAGCCUUGAAGAUGCCCAAAGAUAGAAGAUCUUCGUCUGGUAGGUGUAGGGCAUCUCCCUAUUCCUGUGACGACAAAAAUGACGAUAGAAAGAAACCCAAAUCUCACUCCCUACAAAUUGAAGAUAAAAGUGAAUGUGAAGAAGCUAGAUGCCCUAUUUGUAUGGAACACCCACACAAUGCGGUACUUCUACUUUGUUCUUCUUUUGACAAAGGAUGCCGCCCCUACAUGUGUGACACGGGUCCCCAACUCUCUAAUUGUCUUAACCAGUUUCACAAGUCAAAUGUGAAUAAGGUGAGACAACAACCUAAGCUUGCUUGCCCUUUAUGUAGGGGUGAAAUCAACGGGUGGGUUGUGGUUGACCCUGCUCGGCAAUUCAUAGACUCGAAAACAAGAAAUUGCUCAGUUGGUACUUGUGAUUUUGUUGGAAAUUAUUCUCAACUAACAGAACAUGCCAGCUGUGUACACCCAGGUGUUAGGCCAACAGAUGUAGACCCUGAACGCGAACUUGAGUGGAGAAGGUUGGAAGAGGAUAUGGUGCAACAAGACCUGCUCAGUAUGCAGUUGGAGUCGGAUGAUGCCGCUGAAGUCAUUGUUGUCGACACCACUCGGAUUUGGCAUCUUUUGUAUAGCAUGCCGGAUAGUUCAUCUUCAGAUGAAUCAGACAGUGAUUCGUGAAUAUAGUAUGUCAAGAGAGAAUGCCCGAACCACAAGAAGCAGAACCCCUACACAUGUCAGACAGAGAUCAAAAAGUUCACCAAGUUCACAUAACCAUCAAGAAUAGGUAACUACAUUGGUUGAGUUCCAUGAGCUUAGCUCAAACCCGCCUUAGCAUUUAUGUUGAUUUCUCUUGGGUUAUUCUGGGUCAGAUAUUGUUUGAAUCCUAUGUAAGUAAUGUCAGAUGUCUUUAGAUCGCUGCUAGUAUACAGGUACUUUGAUGAUCUGUUUUUGUAUUUUAUUUUGUUUAAAGUUUUGUUUUCUUCGCUGAUUUUCAUUUUGAUUUACUUGUAGAACU